GGGAGGAGGACAGCGCAAAUCAACCUGCCCCUUGACUUUAACAACAGAAUAGAGGAGCCGGUAGACACAGAGAUCGGGAAGUGUGCGUGCGUGUGCCGUUGUUUUAUUUUAUUUUUGGAGAGAGGAAGAGAAGAUCAGACAGGAGGAACUGAGGGAGGAGGAGAAAGAGCCUCACCGUGGAGAUAGAUAGCAGAAAAAUGCUGUCAUGGGGAGAGAAGGGGAGGGAGUCGGCAGAGAGAAACAGGAUGAAACGAGACAGGGUUGAGCAGGACUGAAAUGUGGAGGUUUCCACUUCCCAUUUGUAAGAUGACUGAUGGACCAGGGCUGGCAUCUUUGUGAUGUCACAAAUCCUGCUUGCAGGUUGCCAGUGGAUAAGACCAAAAGAGAGGCUGCAGGCACUGAAGAGUGCACACGGAAGGACGCCGUGUUGAUAAAUAAGGAGCCUCUCUUACACAGAGGACACAGAGUCAGGCUCCAGUGAUGAUCCUCACAUCCUUUACAGGAAGGAGCACCCCGCAACUGGAGUACCACCUAAACACAGGUCUGCACACCUGGAUGGACCUCUCCAGCGAGCAGCAGCAGCUUCAGUUUCUCUUGUGUCUUCAUCUUUCACAAUCGAGAACUUAUUGACAAAGUGCAGCAUCUCACACAGCAUCUGUGAGAACCCCAGGGUGGAGAAAGGUCAACCUUCAUAAGUGUUGUGAAGUUUGUUGCUUUUACUCAGUUGGAUUUUUCAUCUUAGUGCACAGUGUUCCCAUUUCACACCAGCACCAUAGAGACCAGGGCAAAAUUUUAGCUCGCGGAGCAGGAAGCUCUGGACCAGAGUGGAGAAAAGACCGCUGGACUGGAGUUGGUUUUUGAGGCAUCAUGCAGUCAGACGACCUCUUCAUUCGUAAGUUUCGCCGUCAGAAUGUGCGGCCACCUAUCGCCACAGUCAACUUUGACCCCAAGAGGGAAGCAAGUGUGGUGGAGUGGCCGCCCAGAAGGGACGGUGAUGGAGCCGAAGCGGACAGCCUCACUCCAAGCCGUGUAGGGUUGAACCUGAGGUCUGUGGGUCGGAGCCACAUCAUGCAGAGAAGUAACAGCGACGUAACCCUUGGAGACUUGGACUCCUCUGGGAAGGCAGGGGGGAAAACAGCACGAGUAGUUGGGGAGAAGGUGGAUGCUGGGGCUCAGGGAGACACAGGUUUGCUGUUACACAGGGAAUACGGCAGCCUAUCAUCACUAGAGAGACAGACUCAAGCCCAGGAGUCAAGAGCAGAUGACCAGGGACCCCUGAGUCCAAAUGCCCUCCGCUUCAAAGACCCUUUCCUGCUUUUAGGACUGCAGGGACACCCUCCAGAGCCUGAUGGAUACUUUCGGGGUCUUUCCACAGGGGAUUCUCCAAAACCUGUUAAGCCACCGAAGCCUGAAGGGCUUAGCAAAAAGUCCAAACCUGUGACCCCUCAGGUCCCUCAACCAGGCCCGUAUGACAACAUCGGGGGCGGAGCCUGGGUGAGGAACUUUGCUCAUUACGAUGUGCAGAGCAUCCUGUUUGACCUAACCGAGGCAGCCACAAACAGAGACAGCAUUGGACGGAAAAAGAAUAUCACCUCAGGGGCUUCAGCUGCCUCCCAGCUGCGUCCCCUCUCCCUGUCCACCCCAUCCUCACCUGCACAGGGCGUGAGUGCCAGUGCAGGAAAUGCAGAAGACCCUGAACAAUCGCUGCUGCUAGACGAAGGUGAUGGCAAUGAUAACGAGCUUCUCCUCAGCUGCCCCCACUUCCGCAAUGAGACUGGGGGUGAAGAGCAGGUGGGCCUGGGUCGAUCCCAAGGCAGAAAGGGACUCUGGUCUAGCCUUCGAAUCCCCAACGAUGCAGUUUCGGUCCUGGAAGAGCCCAGAGAGAGUAAUGUACAGCAGCAGGGCAAGAGCAACUACUUCAUAGAACAUGCUGAUCUGGGUGCUCAUUACUAUCGCAAAUAUUUCUACAAGAAAGAACACCAGAAUUUUUUCGGAAUUGAUGACCGCCUCGGGCCGGUGGCCAUCAGUUUCCGUCGAGAGGAGAAAGAAGGAUCCAGCGGAGCUCAGAACAACUGUAGAAUCAUAUUUCGCACCACAGAGAUGAAGACUCUGCGAGGUUCCAUCUUGGAGGAGUCUGUUCCCUCUGCAACUCGACACACGACCCCUAGAGGCUUGACUCCCAAGAGGCUGCUAGAGUUCAUCAUGCCUGAACUGAACCAGCACUGCCUUCGCUUGGCCUCAAAUUCCCCCAAGGUGCGGGACACCCUGCUCAAGCUGGAUGAACAGGGGCUGAAUUUUCAGCGAAAGGUUGGGAUAAUGUACUGCCGGAAAGGACAGAGCUCAGAGGAAGACAUGUACAAUAAUGAGAGCUCCGGCCCGGCGUUUGAGGAGUUUCUGGAUCUGCUCGGGGAGCGGGUGCGGCUGAAGGGCUGGGAAAAAUACAGAGCUCAGCUGGACAACAAGACCGACUCAACUGGGACACAUUCACUCUACACGCGCUACCAGGACUAUGAGAUUAUGUUUCAUGUGUCCACCAUGCUGCCCUACACAGCCAACAACACACAGCAGUUGCUGCGGAAGCGCCACAUCGGUAACGACAUUGUGACGAUCGUGUUCCAGGAGCCUGGCGCUCUGCCCUUUACUCCAAAGUCCAUCCGCUCCCAUUUCCAGCAUGUCUUCAUCAUCGUGCAAGUUCACGAGCCCGGCACUGAGAACACCUACUACAGGGUGGCUGUGACACGCUCUAAAGACAUCCCAUUAUUUGGGCCUCUGUUCCCUAAGGGUGCCCGAUUCCCUCGCUCGGCCGCCUUCAGAGACUUCCUCCUGGCGAAGGCAGUGAACGCUGAAAAUGCUGCGGAGAAGUCAGAGAAGUUCCGCUCCAUGGCCACCCGCACACGUCAGGAAUACCUGAAGGACCUGGCAGAAAAUUACGUGACCACCACGCCCAUCGACUCCUCCACUAAGUUCCCCCUGCUCUCUCUGGGUGGAAAGCGCAAAGACAAGAUGAAGGGCGCUAAAGGAGCCGAGCUGCACAGUAAUGGGGCACUUGUGUGGGCGGUGAUGGUCAACAGCAUUGAUGAAUGGGAGGCAGGAGAGCACAAGCUCCCCUGUUUGCUUGGGGUGUCAGCUGAGUCAGUGGUGCUUAUUGAGAGGUGCUCACGCAAGGUGGUUUUCAACUGCUCCUGUCGCGAUGUCGUUGGCUGGAAGGCAGUGAUAGAACCUAACGAGGGGGGACCCUUCUUAGAUAUCUUCUAUGAACGCGGGGAGUCUGUGUCGAUCAGUGUGAUGGAGAGCCAGGCAGAAGACAUACGCGAGGUGGUGCAGAGGCUUGAGCUGGUUACGCGGGGCUGUGAGGCACGGGAGGUCACCCCCUUGCGUGAUGGAGUGGGGCAGCCUGGGUUCCUGAUGAACGAGGAGGGCUUUGUGACUGAUCUGCAGCGGUUCGGCUAUGCUGAGAGCGGAGGCCUGCAGCUGUGGGCUCGUGUGGUGCGGCUAUGCGGACACUCGCUGGUUCACCUGAGCCUCGAUGAGAGGACUAGGCUGCUCCGCACUGCACAUAAGAUCCACAUCACUGUCAUCCCACCGGAUGAAAACGGCAAGCCUCGCAGGAGUUUCUCUGAGCUGUAUCUGAAAGCCAUCAAGGACGCAGAGUGCAAGCCUGGUGAGAAUCAGUCAGGAGAGGCCUGGGUGCUGGAUGAGAGGGAGGAAGAAGAGGAGGCGAAAAAAGAGGACGAUGUGAAGGCGGGCGGGGUCGAUGAGCCGGAUACGAAGGAGGUGCAGGUGGAGGCCGACAGGGGCGAAGAGCAGUCCUGUGAUAAAGGGCAGAGUGAGAGCUGCCACUACUCGCUCCUCACGCUGCCCAGCUUACCUUUGUUGCGAGCCACGUCUCUGCAGGACCAGCCCACCAAUCACGGCAGCGCCUCGCAGCUCCCGCGCAGCUACUCUUUGGAAAAACAGCUGUCCUACAGCGACACUAAUGAGGAGCGGCACGUGUACGACAACGUGGGAUUGAAGACUGAACACCACAUCUAUGAGAACGUUGGGGAGCUGAGGGAUGCCACACCUGAUCUGAUCCUGGAAGUCAAACCGAAGGUUCCCCUUGAGGACGAGCAGUUCAUGGGGGCUGAGCUGGGCGAUGACAAAGCCUCGGCGAGUGACUCCUCUCUCUCGUCUUCACGGUUGUCAUGUGUGGAUCGAGCUGAAAGAAAUUCGAGAGCCCUAAGUCUUCAUAACUCCAUCACCAAGAUUCUUUCAGAGACCACAGAUUCAACUGAGGAGGAGUGGCAGUCGAUUUCUGACCUGGCCACAGCCUGCCGCAACAUCCUGGAGGCUUUGUCACGGGAGGACCGCAAAGCUGGAGACCCCUCCCAAGCAGGAGCUGAUCAAACUGAUGGCAAGCUGAAAGACUCAAAGGACAGUGACUCUCCAGGCCACCUAGAGGAGAAGGUAUCGCAGCUGGAGGCCAUGCUGAAGAAGCUGCAGGAUGACCUGCAAAAGGAGAAGGAGGACAAGGCAGUGCUGCAGGCUGAGGUGCAGAGCCUCAGGCAGAACAACCAGCGGCUGCAGGAGGAGUCACAGAGCACGGUGGCCCGCCUCAUCAAAGUCACCGAGCUGCUGUGCAACGUCAACAAGCCCUGUUAGCUUCAUCACUGCACACGCACGGAAAUCAGCAGAGUGAUGCAAAUCGUACAGUGCGUUUGUACGCUUGACACAUUUAAUUUGUUCAGACAUAUUUGAAAACACACACAUACCUAUCCUCUUUAAUCUCACAGUCUCUUGUCCUGAUUCCUGGACCGGCCUGCUGCUGAGGGAGUAUGCAAAUCUAAAAAAAUUUUUUAAAAGAUAUUUAGCACCCCGUGAUGACCUUCACAGACUGACCAGCACAGGCUGCUGUGUUGAUGUGCUAUGCCAGAGUGCUUCUAGUAGUGUGUGUGAUUCUGUGUGUGUGUGUGUGUGUGUGUGUGUGUUUGUGUGUUUGUGUAUUGCUUCAGAUACUUGACAAGCUGGGCUGAAUAGCACUUGCAGAAAAAGACUGAGAGGCACUGAAUAGCAUGGUUUUAGCCGAAAUGACCAAAAGAGAGAAAGAGCGUGUGUGUGUGUGUGUGUGUGUGUGUGUGUGUGUGUGUGUGUAUACACAAAGUGUAUAUAUAUUACCCGUAAUAUAUGUGAACAGUAGUACUGCUAUCCUCUCUGUGACAUGUAGUUGGAAUGCCUGAGUGUGGGUCUGCCUGAUGGAAGUGUGGAAGGCCUUGAUGU